GCUUCCUGCGCCCGCCCCGCCCGGCGCCUCGUCCCGCCCGGCCCGGCCCGGCCCGGCCCGGCCAUGCUGCGGCCGCGGCCGCUCGGCCUCCUGCUGCUCCUGCUGCUCCUCCCGCUCCUCCCGCGCGGCGGCCGCGCCGCCUCCCCCGCCUCCCCCGCCGCCCCGAGCCCGCGCAACGGCUCGGAGCCUGCCCGGGCGGCCGCGGGGAACGGGACGCGGACGGAGCCGCCGCCGGGAUCGCAGCGGCCGUCGGGCUCGGGGCUGCCGGUGCUGAAGCGGGCGGUGUACGUGCUGAGCGCCCUGUCGGUGCUGGCCGGGCUCUACUUCCUCCUGCGGGCGUUCCGCCCUAGGUCGGAGGGACCCCGAAAUGAGCGGAAAACUCGUUUCAGGUUGAAGAAGCCGCAGCGCAGGAAGUACGGGCUCCUGUCCAGCCACGACGAGAGCAUCGAGAUGGGCUCGCUGGACAGCGACGAGGACACGGUGUUUGAAAGCAGGAACCUCAGGCGGUAAAGGGGAUGAUUUGGGACCAGUGGCACCGACUGACCAAGGGGGUGCAAGUCCAGUGGAAUCACCUGACUAGUGCUCAAGUCUUCUAAUAUUUGCUUAUAAUGACUCUUAAUUAACAGUACAGGCACUUCCAUAGCUGGGGCAGGGGAAAGGGGACUAAACCUGUUUUCUUCACACACAUUUCUGGGGAGAGGCAGAGCUGCAUUGGGUGCUGUGAUUGCACAGGGAGGCAGUGAGGAAGAGGUGGCUCCUGGGUGGAUGCUCAGCAUGGAGAUCUCGCUGCUCUGGUGCUGCAGCUGGAUCCUCUGGCUUCUCCAGGGGCUCACACCUCUGCUGACUGGUGCUCAGCUGCAAGGCUCAGGCAAGUGGGUUCCUUUUGCAGGCUGAUCCUCUUUCCUUCACACAGGUUCAGGUUACUUUAGGAAGCAUCUCUGUCAUCAGCUCUGAUCUGGUAGGAGCUGGGAGAGCUCCUGCCUCUUCCCCUGCUGGUGGGUGGAUGGUGCAGAGAUAGACCAGGCAGAGAGGAGCUUUGGGAAUGAGGUGAACACAUGGAUUUCAGUUGCAGGGUUAACAUUUAUGUGUCAUGAUACAGGUCACUACAUGGGUUUACAGAGCAAAGACAUGUUUAGAGAUGAAAGCUGCCACUUGGCCCAAGGGGGCUCUUUGUGGUCUGGGGGGCUGCUCUGCCCAGCUCCCCUGGUGUGUCCACCUGGGAAAUGUGUGACAGCUGCCAAGCUGCUGGAUUUGGAGCUGCUGGCUCUGUCUGAGGGCACCUGAGGAAGAGCCAGAGCACUGCAGUGUGAGUUGGAGAACCUUGGAGACCUGCCUGAGCAUCUGACGACAGGAAAAGGAGGAUCCAGCCCCUCUGAACUGGGAUUCUUAAAUUGAAUUAACGCUCGGAAAUAACCUCUUGGUGAAGGGUCCUGGAGUUUGGCUCCAUGUGCUGGUGCUCAAGCUGUGUCCCACUGUCAGCCCACUGGGAUGUUUCUGUGCAGCCCAUUGUGUUACGUGGGUUCUUUUUGUGUAGGACCAAAUGUGAAUGUGGUAGAAGGUUGUUGUUGGGUGGAUCUGCUGCUAAAAUGGUGAAAACUGCUUGCAAACUUCUGUUUACUUCAGCCUUGGAGGCAGGGCUGGUCUAGUGCAGACCUGUGUCUUCAAGUCCCAGUUCCACCCAAAACUGGUAGUGCCUUUGUUGGGAGAACCCGAGGGAGUGUCCUGCAGGCCAGGGAGCUCCCUGCCUGACCUUGCCUUUGAGAUGGAGAUUGGGAAUGUCUGUGGAGUGAGGGCUCCUUUCAUUUGGUUAGCAAAUCCUCUAGAUAAGGGGACAAAACUGAGACCUAACAACAAGGUGGGGCAGGAGGGGUGCCCUUAUCAAAGAGCAAGGACAGAUUUGCUGCAAGUCACCUGGGAGCUCUGGAUUCCCUCGGGAGGCAGGAGAGGUCCUGGUCGGUGGGUGAAGUUUCCUGGAGAAAUGUCACCCCGGGUGCUGGCAGCUCUGCCUUGCACAUAUGCAAAAGAUUUUUAAAGAUAUAUAUAUAUUUUUAGUAAUGCUGUCAUGUGAACACAGCACCUGGAUGUGCCCUAAUUUCCUGUCAUUUGUGUCCUUUCCUGCCUCUUUUAGGUCCCUCCUGCUUCUUUAGCUGACGCGGGGAUGAACGUGUCCCCUGUGAGGAGCAGUGGUGGCCAAAUCUGGCCCCUGCUGCCCGGGGGAUGACCAGAGCUGGGCUGUUGGGCUCCUGAUGGUGCCUCUUCCCUGAUCCUGGCAAGGCUGGCAGGGUGCAACUCUCCUUGGCUCUUCAGCUCCCUCUGCAAAGUGGUCCCUUGCCUUGUGCCACAGCCAGGGGAGCCUGCGGGUGUUCCAGGUCACCACCCUGCCCUCAGUGCUGGGACUGACACCUUCCUUGGCCUUUCUGUGUCUGAGGUGAUUAACUCAUCAUUCUCUGGGCUCUGCUCUUCCUUGGGCAGCUGCACUUUGCCAUCUUUCAGUUUCUUACCUUGCAGGAGAGGGUGGUGAUUUUUUUUGAAUGUUAAUGGUUGAAUGGAUUUGAUCAAAGAGAGGACCUCGAGCUGCAGGUCCUGCCAGGAAAAUAAUUUUGAUGGGAUUUGAUUUUGCUGCAUUAGGUGUUUUGAAUUUGAGCAGGGAAAGAUGUGGAGGGAUAGAGCCAGAGCACAUGCUGGGGCUAUGAAGGCAAACACCAAGGCCUGGAGCAGGUGCCAGUUUCUAUGCACCUUGCACAUGUUUUCACAGUCCUGCUGCCCAUCUUUAGAGGAGUGAGUUUCAUCAUGUGGAGAAUAAAAAGGUGGUUGUGGGGCUGUGUUGUAGUGUUGCUGCCAGUUUGAUUCUGUUUUGGCUGGAGAUAGGUUUGAGCUGGAAUCCACAACCCUGAGUAACUAGUCCCAUUUUCCCCUGAAGCAUCCUUGGAAGCAGGCUGCAGGCUGGGUUUGCUCCCUGCAGGCCAAGACAGGACAGUCCUGCUCCAUCUCAAAUCAUUGCUAAAGGCACCUUCUGAGGGGAGAAAAUGAAGAUGCUCAUUACAGAUCUGAGACUCCUUUGAGGACAAAUCCCUUGCUCAGGGCUCCUGUUCCUGAUCUCCAUUUCUCCUGGCAGAACAAAUUGGAGCUCUUGCAGCAGCUUCUCCUCACAGCAGUGGGACAGGCCAGCCCUGGGCAGGGCAGCCUUCUGGGGGGCAAAUCCUGGUAAUAAGAGCUUUUAAAAGCCUGGCAUUGCAUUUCUGCAAAAAGAGCAGUUAAGUAGUUACUUCAGUUACAGUUUUAGUUGCUUUAUGUGUAUUUGAUGCCCACCUUGAUAGCCUAGUAGAUCUCUUUGCAACAGUUAGAACUUGUAGUUCUUCAGCAUAGGUUUAAGUAGAAGGAUGCAGACAGACACAGGUGUGCUCUGAGGGUGCAGGGCAGCACGGCCCUGCCAGGGAGUGUCUGUCUGUCUGUCCCUGGGCCAGGGCCUCCCCAGCAGCUGCUGCACUUUCCUUUCUCCAGAGUGAAUCUGGGUGUUGGUGGGAGGCUGCGUGGGCUCCAUGGGCUGCUGGGCUGGUCAGGGCUCCUGCUGAUCCUCAUUGAGGGGCUGCUGGAGCUGGUGGGCACGGGGUGAUGGGGACCAAGAGUGGAGCUCGUGGUUCCCCACGGUGCUGCAGUCACCACAAGCAGCUGCCACAGAGUUUGCUUGGAUCAGUCCCCGCUGUUGAAGACAAACCUGAUUCCACAAGUUUGUGCCACGACCUCUGAUCUUGAAGGGCCAUACUGAGUCCUCUGCUGCUGGCACUGAGCUUCCAGGCACCUCGACAGGGCCUCUUGCUGAGGUGAGGAGAUUGACUGGCAGCCAGAUGAGCUGCAGCUCCCUGGUUAACAACGCGUCGCUGCUGUGAUCUGUUGGUACCUGCGGCUGGAACGGGACCCGCGGAGCGCUGGGCUUGGACCCUGCUCUGAGCUGAUUGCCAAGAAGUCAAUAAACCAGCACUCGAGUGCCUUGUGUUGUCUGUGCCCUCAGAAGUGGAGGGGCUAGGGUUUCACCCUCCUGCUUCAACCGUUGAUUUAUUUUUAAAUAGCAACCAGUCCCGCAUCGAUCGCGCUGCUUUUGUUUACAGCCUCCCUGAAACAAGUGGAAUAAAACAUUCCAUCCCA